AUGACCUUAUUAUAUAAUGGUGGGUACCUUCAAGAUGACCAAGCGACCAUUGCAAGUUUGGGGAUUCGACCUUAUGCUACCAUCGUUGUUCUUGGUGAUCAAGUUUUGAAUGAACAAGCGCAACAAACGGCAUCAGGAAACGAAGAAGAAGUAGGAUGCUUAUCAAGGAUUCAAAAAGUGAUGGAUCAAAGUCAAACAUGGGAAAAACGUAUAUCGACUUUGGAACAAGGGGAUAUUCAGGACAAGGAUGAAGUACUCUAUCUCUCGGAAAUGUUGAUGCGGGCAUUGAUCACCUUGGAUGGUGUGGUAUGUCCUUCAUCCUUCACUACUGCUCGACAACAACGACGUGAUGUCGUCCAUUUAUGUCAAAGUCUCUUGGAUCGUGUGGAUAGUUUGAAAUCUUCGUAUCAAGAUGGAAAAAAGGAAAAUGGUAUAGAUGAGUUAGCAUAG